GUCUGUCUACAGAUAGGCAGUAGACGACAUUGUACUUGUGUCAACUGUCAUGUUAAAACGUGUCUUGUGUCUCUUUGCUGUUGUGACAGUUGUAACUGGACAGCUGCACGCUGGUCCUGGCUGUCCCACGUCCGAGUUCAAAUGUGACAACCACGAAUGUAUCGAGAUAGACUGGGUCUGCGACUCGGAGAAGGACUGUACGGACGGGUCGGACGAAACUCGCUGCUCGAACGACUGCAGUGGGAAGAACCAGUUUAAGUGUGCGAAUGGUAACUGUAUCCCGGUCUUAUACAGAUGCGACAAAGACGACGAUUGUACCGACAAUUCGGACGAAGCCGAAUGUGAUACUUGUAGCACAAAUCAGUUCCGGUGCGGCAAUGGGAUGUGUAUCCCGGAAGUUUGGCGAUGUGACUGGGAGGACGACUGCAAAGACCACACUGAUGAAAAUAGCUGUGGAGGCACGUGUUUAUCGAGUCAGUUCAAAUGCGCCAACACCAAGUGUAUCGAUACUCGCUGGGUGUGCGAUGGAUCGGACGACUGCGGGGACAAGUCCGAUGAAGCCAACUGCCACACUCAAUGUAGCAGUGACCGCAUGAAGUGUACGAACAACAUGUGUGUCCCCAAGAAAUGGAUGUGCGACGGCGACGACGACUGCGGCGACGGGAGUGAUGAACAAAACUGCGCUGCAGUUACUGUGGGACCGAACGAAUGCCGGGAUAUUUUGAAGUACCACGACUGCGAGCUGAUGAACGCGACCCACUCUCCUAUCUGUCUGAACGCCGAGGACGGCAACCACUACUGUAAGAAAUACUGCGGCUUCUGCGGCGACUCCAACCCAGGCAAAUAGUUCCACUCUAAGUACGAUGUGAAAAAUAAGCUGGUAUUUUGUGUCUGUUUAUUAAAGUUUACUCACCUUCAA